AUGGCUUCCGAUCUAGAUACCCUAAUUGACAUGGGCUUUGAGCGGGCUCGGGCUGAGCUCGCCGUCAAAAAGUCCGGAGGACUGCAGGGAGCUCUGCAGUGGCUAGAAGACAACCAGGACAAGUCACUCGAGGAAAUCCAAGCUGCUCAGGCCGCGGCCCAAGAUGACGACGAGGACGAGGAUGAGACCAAGGCAAAGAUUGCCGAGCUGGAGACGGGCGAGUCGGCCAAGUCUCUCAUCUGCAACGAGUGCGGGAAGCGGUUCAGGAACCACGACUUGGCCAGUUACCAUGCCACCAAGACUGAGCAUACAGACUUCUCCGAGUCAACGGAGGAAAUUGCGCCUUUGACUGAGGAGGAGAAAAAGGCAAAGCUCGAAGAGCUGAGAGAACGACUCAAGGCGAAGAAGGCUUCUCAGGUGGACCAAGACAAGGAGGAUGCAAAGCGUAACGAGAAAAUACGACAAAAGUCUACAAAGGAGACUCAGGAAGCAAAGGAGGAGUUGGCACGCAAGGAGCAGAUCAAAGAGGCUAUGCAGAAGCGAAAGGAGAAGCUUGAGGAGGCCGAAGCCAAGAAGCGCAUCAAGGCCAAGAUCGAAGAGGACAGAGCCGAGCGCCGCCGCAAAGCCGAGGAAGCAAAGGCCGCUCGUGAAGGCAGAGCGCCCGAGGCUGCGUCUUCAUCCUCCUCUGCUCCCGCCGCCGCUGCUGCACCCCCACGGCCCAAGGCAGAUCACACGGAGGCGAAGCUGAAGCUGCAGACAGACUCGGGGAACAUCAUGAAGACGCUGCCGGCAGAGACGACGCUGUUUGAGCUUGCGCAACAGCUGCAGAGCGAGACUGGCAAGCCUGUGACGACAUUUACGACAACCUUUCCCAGGAAGACAUUUCAGGGAGAUGUGGACAUGUCCAAGACGCUCAAGGAAGCAGGACUUGUGCCUUCAUCUGUGCUUAUUGUAAAAUAG